AUGACGAACCCGUAAGUCUAAUGGCUAUCACUUGAAUUAUUUGACGAUAAUUCUAAUGAUGAUUAUCCAAAUGAGGAUUGGAUUAAACGAAGAGUGGAUGAGGAAGGCAGAAACAGAAAACUAUAUGCAAUUUGUUUGUUGAAAGAGGAUGGUAUUUACGAAGCAAGAAGAUGUGAAAUAAUGGAAUACAGAGAUGGAUUAUUUUAUGGGAAAUUGAAAGAGAAGGAUGGAAGGGAUAUCAAGGCCCAUAGAUUGUACAUUUGUUUUGAUGCUGAAGAUCCUCGCAAAUUUGUUAAAAGAUUGGGAACAGCAUUGAAAAAUAGAGAACUUGCUGAUAGCAGAGUUAGAUAUAAUUAUUUUAUUGAUGGAAUGCCUAUCCAAGAUUUAAGUGAAUUAGAUACAGAAUAAAAAAGAAGAUUGGAAUAAUUGGCAAAGACAAAGAAAUUAGAAAAUUUAGAUACCACAGCUUUGAUUGCAGAAGUCAAUUAUGAUUAUAUGAGGACAAUGAAUAAAAUCAUUUUUGAUAGAUAUUUAGAGUAUGAAGAUGAAGAAUUAAAUUUAUAAAUAGAUGAAGAUAUAUCUAAAUAAGUACCUUAUUAUGGGAUGUUCCCAGUGAGUAAGGAGAAAUAAUUGGAGAUGUAUAAUCCAAGGGAAAUCACUUAAAUAGAUCCUAAGAAUUUCAGAGAAACUUUCAAAGACUUUUGUUUCAGCACUCUCUUUAUUAAAACUGAAGUGAUUAGAGCAUUAUAAGAAAUCAGAUAUGAGUGCAAUAAGAUGGAAGAAUUUGAGAUUUUCAAUUUCCAAAUUGACAAAGUGAUGGUUUUGGAAGAAUUUAAACAUGUGCAAGAGAGUUCAAUCUCAUAAAUGCUUUAUUCUUUAAGAGGAUCUUGGAUUUAGGAUUUAUUAAAAAUCAUGAAGACUUACUUUUCAGGAGUUGGCAAAGGAUGGUUUAACAUGAAGGAAUCAAAUAAGAUCACUUAUGAUUUUGGUAAAUUGAAAAGAUUCUUAACUGUUGUAAGAUUGAUGAUGUAGGACACCGUAUAGAGUUUAGUAGAAAACAAUUAUAAUAGAUUUGUUAAUUAUUUGAAAUCAUUCAUUCCUGAUGAGGUCAAUGUAGAUGAUCCAUCCAACAUCAUCAAUAAAUAUAAAUUAGUUGGAGUGAAACCAAUAUUUACCAUUGACAUGAUUAAAACUAACGAUGAUAAAGAAUUUCUUUAUUCAACCUCUCCCAUGAAUUUCGUUAAUAUGAUCAUCCAAUUAUUUGACAAGACUCUUGAUGAAAUUACAAAAGUACCUGAUUUGGAACCUAAAUUACUUACUGAUCUUUAUAAAUAGAAAACAGAUUCUUUCAUUAAAACUCCAGUGAAACCAAAAGAAAGACCCUAGACUCCAAAUCCAAAUGAAAGACCAAAGAAGUAUCCAGAUGAAAAUAAGUGGAUCUGGUUGUUGGUUGAACACAUCAGAGAUGAAUUGAUUAGAGGAAUUAAACCCUUGGAAGAUUAUCUAAAAAUAUUUGAGAAAUUCAAACCCAUUUUGUAGAUGAAUCCUGAUGAUGAGAUUAGAAGAAUUGAAAUGGAUGAUAAUCCUUGGGAAAUAGAUUAACUUAAAGAAGAAAUAUUCAAAUACAAUAAAAUGGAAGAAGAACUCAAAACUUAAAUUCCUGAUAUUGUAGAGGUUUCAAUAUUUUAAGUUUAAUGUAGAGAAAUUAAAAUGUAUCUAUGUGAAAAGUACUCCAUGAUUAGCAAAUUAUUGGUUGAUAUGAUAGCAAGGAGAGCAAGAAAGAAGACAAUGGAGAUCUUUUAAGAAUAUUAGAGAAUAUAGAACAAAAUUAAAGAGAACCCUAAUAACAUUGAAAAAUUGACAGAUAUCAAAGAGUUUAUGUAAAAUUUACCCAAUGAAGUUGACAAAUUGAAAAUAGAAACUUAGAAGUGUUUUGAUAUCUAUAAAAUAUUAGAUGAAUUUAGUUAUAGAGGAUUUUAGAAAGAAGAUUUGGAUAGAAAAUGGUAUGUAUUUGGAUGUCCCAAAGAUACUUUUGACUUGGUUGCUAAAAGACAAAAGGAUAUGGAAAAGGAGAAAGUUAAAUUUUAAGAUGAAAUGAAAGUUUAAUAAGAGGAAUUUAAAGAGAGCAUUGAUAAUUUGGAAAGAACCAUCCAAAAUUUCAGUCAACAUUAGGCCUUAAAAAGUCAUGCUGAAAUUGCAUAAACUGCAUAAGAUGUUAAUAAAUACCUAGCAGAUUUCCAAGAUUAAGCACGUAAGUUUAAUUCUCGAGAAGCCUUAUUUGAUUAAGAAUAAACUGAUUACAAUAAAAUAACCCUACUUCAAAGAGAAUUUCUACCCUACAGCAAUCUUUGGAUAACUACAAAUUAAUGGUUUACUAAUUCUGAAUCUUGGAUGAAAGACGAAUUACCAACAAUAGAUGCUGUUUCAGCUGAAAAAUGGGUGGAAGAAGCCAUCAGAAUUUUAACAGGAGUUUGCAGGUUCUUUAAGGAAAAAGAUCUCUAAGGUGUAUUAAGAAUUGCUACUUCAAUUAAGUAACAAAUUGAAGAGUUUAAACCAAAGGUUCCAUUAUUGGUUGCACUUCGUAAACAAGGAAUGAAGGAGAGACAUUGGUUAGAAUUGAAAAAUAGAAUUGGAUUUGUUAAACCUUAACCAGAAAGUGAGUUCACAUUUACAAAGGUAUUAGAAAUGGGGUUAAUGUAAAAUGUUGAAGUGUGUGUUGAAGUAGGAGAAAAGGCCCAAAAGGAAUACAUGAUUGAAACAAUGUUAGAUCAAAUGGAAACAAUGUGGGAAGGAAUUAACUUCUAGUUGUUGCCUUACAAAGCAAUCACAUUUAUCAUUAGAGGUUAUGAUGAAAUUCAAUAAGUACUCGAUGAACAUAUUGUAAAUACCUAAGCUAUGUCUUUCUCGCCUUUCAAAGGUCCAUUUGAAGACAGAAUCAAUAAUUGGAAUACAACUCUCAAAAUGACCUCUGACGUAUUAGAAGAAUGGUGCAAAUGUUAAGCUUAGUGGAUGUAUCUCUAACCUAUUUUUGAUUCUCCAGAUAUUGCAAAAUAAUUACCUGCUGAAACUAAGAAAUUUAAAACAGUUGAUUAAACUUGGAAGCAUACAAUGACAUAAGCUAAGACAUACGCUCAAGUCUUACGAGUUUGUACUUAGGAAGGUUUAUUGGAAAGAUUGUAGGAAGCAAAUAAAAAUUUAGAAAUCAUUUAAAAGGAACUUAACAAUUAUUUGGAAAAGAAAAGAGAAAAAUUUGCAAGAUUCUAUUUCCUGUCUAAUGAUGAUUUACUUGAAAUCUUAUCACAAACUAAAGAACCAACAGCAGUCUAGCCACAUUUAAGAAAGGUGUUUGAAAAUAUCAAUUCAAUAGAAUUUGAUGAUGCAAAGAAGAUUCAUGCUAUGUAUUCAGCUGAAGGUGAAAAAGUAGGGUUCGUUAAAGUUUUAGAUCCAAAUAAAAAAAAUGUUGAAGAUUGGAUGGGAGAAGUUGAGGAUAUGAUGAAAUUGAGUGUGAGAUAGGCAUUAAUAAAUAGUGUUUCUGAUUAUCAAGUGAAACUAAGACAUGAGUGGGUGUAAUUACAUCCUGGAUAGUGUGUUUUAAAUGGGUCUCAGAUUCUUUGGACAAAAGAAGUGGAACAAGCUAUAAAAAGCAAUAAUGUUAUGGAAUAUUGGGAGAAAACAUUGAAAGCUUAAAUCAAUAAACUGGUUGAAUUAGUAAGGACCAAAUUAACUAAGUAAUAACAAACUACUAUAAAUGCAUUAAUUGUUAUUGAUGUUCAUGCAAAGGAUGUUGUGGAGAAAUUAUUUAAAGAGAAUGUUACUGAUGUCAGUGCUUUUGAAUGGAUUAGUUAAUUGAGAUAUUACUGGGAAAAUGAGGAUUGUUUUGUUAAAUGUGUUUAAACAAAUUUCCCGUAUGGUUAUGAGUAUUUAGGAAACACUCUACGAUUAGUGAUCACCCCUUUAACAGAUAAAUGUUAUAUGACUUUGAUGGGUGCCUUAAAAUUAAAUUUGGGAGGUGCUCCUGCAGGACCAGCAGGUACUGGAAAAACAGAGUCAACUAAAGAUUUAGCAAAAGCAUUAGCUAAAUAAUGUGUAGUGUUCAAUUGUUCUGAUUCUAUGGAUUAUUUAAUGGUUGGUAAGUUCUUUAAAGGAUUAGCAAGUGCAGGUGCAUGGUGUUGUUUUGAUGAGUUUAAUAGAAUUAAUAUUGAAGUGCUAUCUGUGAUUGCAUAAUAAUUAUUGGUAUUAUUUGGAGAGAAAGCAAAAGGAACUCCACAAAUAGAAUUCGAAGGAUCAAUUAUUAAAAUCUAAGCCACCUUUUCAGUUUUUAUUACUAUGAAUCCUGGUUAUGCUGGAAGAACUGAAUUGCCUGAUAAUUUGAAAGCUUUGUUUAGAGGUGUAGCUAUGAUGGUUCCAGAUUAUGCUUUGAUUGGAGAAAUUAUGUUUUACUCAUUUGGAUUUGAAUUGGGAAGAGAAUUAGCAAAAAAGAUGGUUGCAACAUUUAAAUUGAGUUCAGAAUAAUUGAGUUCUUAAGAUCAUUACGAUUAUGGAAUGAGAGCUGUUAGAUCAGUUAUUAAUGCUGCUGGUAUUUUGAAAUAAUAAAAUCCAACUAUGGAUGAAGAGUAACUGCUAUUAAGAGCAUUGAGAGAUGUUAAUGUUCCUAAAUUCUUAAAGGAUGAUCUUCCUUUGUUUGAGAAUAUUAUUAAUGACUUAUUCCCUGGAGUUGAAAAGCCAGUGUAUUCUUAUGGUGAUUUAUUAGAAGACUUAAACAUUUGUUGUUAAUAACAGAACUUAUAAAAUGUGAAGGUGUUUAUUGAUAAAUGCUUAUAAUUAUAUGACACAAUCUAAGUUAGACAUGGAUUGAUGUUGGUAGGUCCAACUGGAGGUGGUAAAACAUCUACAAUUACAACUUUACAAAAGGCUAUGUCAUGUAAGCUGAAGGUACAUACUCAUAUAUUAAAUCCAAAAUCUAUAACCAUGGGUUAAUUAUAUGGUCAAUUUAAUGAAUAAACUCAUGAAUGGACAGAUGGUGUCUUAGCUUAUAUAGUUAGAGAAACUGUAAAAGAUGAAUCAGGUGAAAAACAUUGGGUUGUUUUUGAUGGACCUGUGGAUGCCUUGUGGAUUGAAUCAAUGAAUACUGUACUAGAUGAUAAUAAGAAAUUAUGUUUAAACUCUGGGUAGAUCUUAACAUUAACCCCAUACAUGACUAUGAUGUUUGAAGUAGAAGAUUUGGCAGUAGCAUCCCCAGCUACAGUCAGCAGAUGUGGUAUGGUUUAUAUGGAACCAGAGGCUUUAGGAUAUCAAGUAUUGAUUGAUUCCUGGAUCAAUAGAUUACCUGAGACUAUCUUAGUUAAAAGUAAAAUAAUAAAGAACAAACUAGUAAACUGCUUUAAAUAAUAUCUUGAUCCAACGAUUGAAUUCUUAAGAAAAUCAAUUAUAGAGAUAGUCACAUCUUCCAAUAAUAAUUUAGUGUAAUCUUUAAUGAGAAUUCUUGACUGCUAUUUGGCGUAAUAUGUAGAUAGUGAAUUAAAAAAGAUAAUGGUGGAGGAAAUGGAAUAAUUGGAGGCUGCCUUAGAGAAAUUGUUCUUCUUUUCACUCACCUGGUCAAUUGGUGCAACUGGCAAUAAUAGAUAAGGAUUUAAUGACACUUUAAAAUCCUUGGCCAAAUUUGAGAAGCCAGAAGACUUCUAUGAAGUUUAUCUUGACAUUUCAACUAAUACAUUCAUUCCUUGGAAUCAAAUGUAUCAAAACUUUAGUAUUGAUUCUAAAUUAGCCUACCAUGAAAUCAUGAUUCCAACUGCAGACUCAACUAGAAAUAUGUACUUAUUGAAAUUACUAUUGUCAAAUAACAAAAAUGUUCUUAAUCCUGGACCUACAGGAACUGGAAAGACUCAGAAUAUCUUUAGUCUUCUAACUACAGGAAUGGGCGAUGAUUUCUUAUAUAUAGCUCUAACUUUUAGUGCAUAAACAUCAGCCAACUAAACAUAGGAUACAAUAGAUUCCAAAUUAGAGAAACGAAGAAAAGGUGUCUUUGGUCCUCCAAUCAGACAGAGAAUGAUUAUCUUUGUAGAUGAUUUAAAUAUGCCAAAGAAAGAAUAAUACGGUGCAUAACCACCAUUAGAAUUACUGAGAUAAUAUUUGGAUUACAAAGGUUGGUAUAAUAGAAAAGAACUAUCCUUUAUGAAAAUUGAAGAUGUUAUUAUUCUUGCUGCUAUGGGUCCUCCUGGAGGUGGUCGUACAUUUAUUAGUAAUAGAGUAGUCAGACAUUUUAAUGUGAUAGCAUAUAAUGAGCUUAGUAAUAAUUACAUUUCAGAGAUUUUCAGUUCUCUGAUUACUUUCUUCUUAAAAAGAUUCAAUGAGCCUAUUAAAAACUCAAUUCAAACUUUAGUUUAAAGUGUGUUAACAUUCUAUUAAUAAGUGAGAUCAACGAUGUUGCCAACUCCAGCUAAAUCUCAUUAUACGUUCAAUCUAAGAGAUAUUUGGAGAGUGUUUCAAGGAAUAAGUUCAGCUGCUCCAAAGUCAACUCCAGAUGUAGUGGCAUUAGUUAAGAUAUGGUAUCAUGAGAAUUUAAGAGUAUUUCACGAUAGAUUGACAACCGAAGAGGAUAGACAAGAACUAAAGAACAUGUUAAAGAUUGGAUUUACAUAAUUUGGAGUCACCUCUGAAUAAGUAUUAGAUUCAGAAAGAGUAAUAUUUGGAGAUUUCAUGUAAUCCAGAGAUGCAGAUAUCAAAGUGUAUUAAUAGAUUCCAGAUCUACAUUAACUAGUGAAUAGGAUGGACAAUUACUAAGAAGAUUAUAAUUCUGACAACACAUUUAUAAUUGGUGGAUCCAAGAAGCAAAUGAGAUUGGUUAUGUUUGUGGAUGCAACUGAACACAUUUCAAGAAUAGCUAGAAUAAUAAGAUAGCCCUAAGGAAAUGCAUUGUUAUUAGGAGUUGGAGGUAGUGGUAGAUAAUCAUUGUCUAGAAUGGCUACUUUUGUCACAAACUAUAAGUUAUUCUAAAUUGAAGUUAUUAAGAAUUACUCAAUGAGAAGUUGGAGAGACGAUGUUAAAAAAGUAUUGAUGAUAGCUGGUAUUGAAAAUAAGCCAGCAACUUUCUUGUUUUGUGAUACUCAAAUAAUCAAUGAAUAGAUGUUGGAAGAUUUGAACAAUGUUCUAAACUCUGGUGAUGUUACUGGAAUAUAUUAAGAGAAAGACUUUGAAGAUAUUACUUAAGCAUGUAAGUAAGAGUGCAUUAAGAGACAAAUACCCCCUACUAGGAUGAACAUAUUUACAUAGUAUUUGAUUAGAGUUAAGAAGAAUAUCCAUUUAAUUGUUGCUAUGUCCCCACUGGGAAAUCAAUUUACCACUAGAUUGAGAAUGUUCCCAUCUUUGGUAAAUUGCUGUACAAUAGACUGGUUUACUGAAUGGCCUGAAGAAGCCUUGAUAGGUGUUGGAAAGGGAUAAUUGGCUGAUUAUGAAUAGGAACUAGCAAUCGAUGGCAAGAUACCCGUUUUGGUUGAAAUGUUCAAGAAUCUCCAUAAAAGUGUAGAGAAACUAUCCCAAAAGUUCUUAGCUGAAUUGAGAAGAUACAAUUAUGUUACUCCAAACUAGUUAUUUAGAAUUACUUCAAUUAUACAGAACAAUAUUAUCAGACAAGAGAAGAGAUCUCAAUCAAUAGAUACAGCGUCUUAAAGGAGGUUUGGAUAAGUUGAUAGCUGCCAAUGA